UUCCAAAAUAAUGGGAACAACUUCGUAAGAUAGCGAUUUACCACUGCCGGUUUUAGUCCCAAUAAAAACAUCUUUUCCUUCUCUGAUACAUGAUAUCGAAAGCUUUUGGUUUUCAGUCAAAUGAUCGAUUUGAUGUUUUUCACAUAUCUUUUCGUCAACGGACGCCAUUUUUUACUUUCUGUUUAUUCCCUUACCAAACUUUCAUCUGAAACAAGAAAUCCCAUUGGCUGAUUAAUUUUAGCGUACUGCGUCAUCGUUCUUCUCGAGCCCAACUUUUAAAUAGCGACUGAUGUCAAGGGUUAGUGUGAGGUAACGAAUCAAUAACCCUUGACUUGUGAAGAUGUAUUGUACAAAGUUCUAAAAUUAUGCUUAAUUAAAUGAGGAAAACAUCCUGUUACUGUUCAAUAGUUUCCGUAACAAAACUUCGUAUUUGCUGACUUAUUUGAACACUUGGUCACAGUUACCUACAGUGGUAUGUCCCAUAUUGCCAUGUACUAGAUUAUUUUCAAGCAUUAUAUAGUUUGUAGACUGUGGACCCAUUGAGACCUAUUAAAUGUGAUAGUCUUCAUUUAUAAAAAUAACUAGAUAGACCUUAAUGGCAAGCAUAACAAAUUAAAAGAGCCCCACUUUGCAGUAUAAUUAUUUAAAGGAGACUCAAACUUGAUCUGUCACCCAUUUAUACAUGUAAGUUCAUAUAUACAAAUUGUCAAUUUGAUUUUCUGCAGGGAUAGCCCAACUAAGUAUUUAAUGCUGUCAAAUAUACAAGGUUCAUAACUCUUUGAAAAAUAGGUCAAGCCCAAACUGAAACGCACAUCUAUGUAAGCAUUCGUAGGUAGUGCAGAUUUCAGUUUAUACAAAUCAUGGUCACAGGGGUAGGAUGGGGUUGCAAUAGGGGAGAAUGGGUCUUUGAUAGGGACCUUUUACAUGUCAAUUAUAUGAGGGAAUUUUUGAUAAAAAGUUUCUUCUCAAGACCAGCAGGAGCAUGACUUGUCAUUAUUAACAUGCGAGCAUCCUUGGGUACUGCAGAUUCAAUUUUGUUCAGAUCAUGGCCUGGGGGAGGGAAUACGCCGGUUUCGAGAUACGUCCGAGUUAUUUCCCUUUGGAGAACUCUCGUCCUUAGUAUGGUGCAAAACAACUUGUUUACAUGCGGGAGUGGGACAGAUAAGUGAAUCUGCUCAGUAAGUUUAUCAUAAUACGUAGUUUCAUCACCCAAUUUUGACUGAUACACAAACUAAGUAAAUGAUAAAUAUUCAAGAGGUAAUUAAAUACUUGGAAUUCUUAUUAUAUCAUGUUAUUUUGUUGCUCAAUAUCCUACCUAUCAUAUCCAGGACAAGUUGCUUGGAAAUAUAGCAUUGUAUUUAUGUUUCCACUUUGGUAAAACAUUUCUUUUGAUAGUAUUUUAUAUUUUUACAUGAAAAUUAUAGGAAAUUUGAAAAAAAAAUUUAUGAGUAGCAGGCCGGGUCACACUAAAUUAUUUGGAUCCAUGAUGUCAAUAUGCGAAUUUUUUUUAAAAUUAAGUUUGUUUCUUUUGACCCUUGGGUUAGGUUGGCCUGGCUCAAAUCAGGGAUAAAAUUUUACAUAAUACGUUUGUACAUUAAUAUUGGGGGGAAAUUUUCAAAAUUAUAUAAAUAAUUAUUUUCUCCUGAACAGAAAGGCCAUGCUAGUCAUGAGGCAUCCCAUGUAUGGAUUGAAGUUAAGUCACUUUUGAACUGCCAUGGGGUCAAAAUUUGUCAUGGUAAAGAUCUUUUAAAUAUGUUUUGAAGAACAAUUAAUAGGGCCAAUAUGACUCAGUUGAGCAUUGUGGGCCCAUGGGCAUCUUGUUGCUUGUUGAUUUGUAGAAAUCCUUUUUGGAGAGGUAAAAACGAUCAAGUAUUAAGCUGCACGUGAUGCAGCAAAUUUGCCACUUGUGGAUAAAUUCUUAUUGGUGGAGAAUCCUAUUGAUAUGCUCGACUAUAUAUAAUUGUUGUACAUAACCCAGGCUUGGGCAACAACAGUGGACUCACAAUGACAACCGUAUUUGUAUAUGUGUACACCUUGCUGUUGAUGACAUUUUGUGGUCAUGUGAAAUCCCUGCAGUGCCCUCUAUCAGCGAGUGACUGGCAAAGGGCGUCACAAGCGCUCCAAUGCAAGCCUCCUAAUUACUACCACUGUUUGAGAGAUGAAAAUGGUGCCACUACAGAGCAGUGUCUAUCCAAAGUCUGGAUACAGAAAGGAAUGUGUCCGGAGUACAACUCACGAGUGUCCAGGAUUGACGUGUUCCAGUGUUCCUCAUCCAACUGUCCACCCUCUCUGUACUGGUCCAAUGCCGUAUUCAUAUAUCCCAUUUGUUUUGAGACAAGCAAACCAACAGCUGCCACCACGAAACCAAUGCCGACUGUAGAAAGAGUAACUAAUGCAUCGAUCAUAAGCUUCACCUCUAGUUCGGAACAGGAAAUGGACGAGGGAGCUUUAUCUAUUUCUUCGGGAUCAGUGAACGGUAGCAGACGUGAUGCCACCAGCAACUCGUUCCCUACACCAGCAAUUGUUGGAAUCAUCAUAGGCAUUACAAUUGUAAUAGUGGUGUCUGCAGUCACUGUCACACUGCUGUACAAACGAAGAAGCAGAGGAGGCAAGCAAAAGAAUCUAGUUGAAGAGUCUGGUGGAGAAGAUUUAGAAAAGAUGUCACAAACCAGAAUGAAGAAAGGUGUGGAAAAUGAAGAAGGUGACGUGAAUGAGACCGGGACUCUGCUGGACAAAGGCAGUCCAGAGGACACAAAUGAAUCACCAACAGGAAGCAGUCUGGUGUAUGUGGUUGAAGGUCCGGAGCACGUUCCAGGAGCUGAUCCGUUAGUAAGAAUAUUUGUGGUAGUUGUUAUGGCCUCAAUCUCGAAAGGAAAACUAAAGUCAGAGGCACAGAAAAUAUUUGGACCAGAGUGCAAACUUUUGAGUGUGUCAUGCUUUCAGGAGCAAAGCAAAGAAAAAUAUGAAACUCUGUUCACAGAGGAUUUUAAUGUGAAUGAUGACAAUUCACUACAAAUUCUUCAAAAGUUGCGUGAAGUUGUUGCUGUGAAUAAGCAAGAUGCAAAGUUUGUUGUUAGAGUACCAUUUUCGUUUUGGGAAAAACAACGAGAUGACAUUAUGUCUAUGCUCGAAAAUGAUCUGGUUUUUAAGUCUGUGUAUUGUUGACAAUACGUAAUCAUUUGAUGAUGAGUAUAUUCAUGAUAUUACAUGUAUUAGUCCCUUACCAAUGAAACCGAACUAUAAGCUUAAUCUCUGUCUGUCCUUCUGUCAGGCAGUCUGUUUCACUGAGUUUUCAACUACAAUGUAUUUUGUUAUUAUGUUUCGAUUUAGAAAACUUAAAUUUAGUAUCUGGUUUACUACAAUAUAUAUGGGACUUUGUGCUGAAAUAUAUUGUUCCAACUUUUCCCCCAUGCUUUAAUUUAGGAAGCUGAAAUUUGGCAUGUGGUUUAUUACUGUAUGUUUACAGAUAAAGUGUAAGUUUUGUCCCAGUUGAGUAAUUUUUAUGAGGUUCAGAAGACCUUGUGCCAAACAAAGACUAUUUUUUACACUAUUAAACUUGGGAAUCUGAAAUAUGAUAUGUAGUUACCUAAUGAGUAGACACAAAUGAAGUUUCACUUUUGUUGUGGUCCACCUAUUCUAACAAAUAUACAUGUAUUAUAAGACUUAGUUUCAUGGUUGGAUGAACUUCUUCAAUUUUUGUUUUCCAGACUUUUUUUUAUUACCAUAAUUUGAUUUAGGAAGCUAAGGUUUGGUAUGUGAUUUACCAAUACCGGUAAACACCGAUCAUAUUUAAAGGGACAUGGACACGAUUUGAGCUGAACAAUUUAAAAAUUUUAUUUUUCCAUUUUUAUUGUUUACAAUGCUUAACUAAUAAAAGUAUUUCUUAUGGUCAACCAAAAUAUGAAUAUCAGUUGUUGAGUUACAAAUGAGAUACAACACUCACAAUGCUUUGUUAGGUAAACAAGACUGUGCCAUGUUUUUGUUUACAUAUAGAUUGCUUAAUAAAAAAUAGCAUGUUUAAAACAAAUUGAGAUAUGCCAAACACUAGAAACUAUUUAAUUGUGCUCAAAAUGAACUUGUAAAUUGUAAAAUUUUGCUUUAAAUGAAGCUUUUACUAGUAAUAUUUAACCCAUGUAAUCAAAAACAUGGCACAAGCCUUGUUUACAUUUAUGACAAAGAAUUGUGAGAUCUGUACCUCCCAUGUACCUCAACAACUGACAUUCAAAUUUUUGC